AUGCUUUCAACCGGUGCUAGGUUAGCUUUUGAGGUUUUGAAGAUGUGUCUGCUGUUUCUGAGCUAUGUGCCAGCGGUGUGGAACGAGUUCAUGAAAUGUCUGUCGCAAGGCUUCGUGCAAGGCUGGCUCGAAGCUGCCACUCCGACUUCGGCCAAACAAAUCUCCCGUCCGUCGAGAAAGGAAGGCCACCAGAAAGCUGUUGAACAGGUGGGCGAAACAGAAAUGUCUGAGGCGAAACCGUCGCGUCCGGCGUCCAAACGUCUGUCGACGGUGCCGGCGGCUCCAAAGCCUCCGGCGAACAUCGAUCCAUCUGUCAUAAUCGCCAACCACGCGACGCUCGCUGGUGUUUUCCCAAUCACGAUAGGGCCCCAGGCCGUGCUCCAUCCGUAUGCCAAGGUCGUCGCGGUUGCUGGACCAGUAGAAAUUGGCGAAGGGACCGUGAUAGCUGAGCGAGCUGUCAUCGGUAUCAACGAUGAAGGCAGUGGCAAGGAUGAUGAGGACGCGGGCUUGGGCGGGAGAUUCGUAAUGCUUGAACGCGACUGCAUCAUUGAAAGCGGCGCGCAAGUCGCGGCAAAGUUAGUCGGCGAAGGCACUUUUAUUGACGCAUUUGCUGUUGUCGGCGAGGGUUGCGUGAUUGGAAAGUUUUGCAAGAUCCUUCCUCAUGCACGAAUAGCCCCCAACACUGUCAUCGAGGACUUUACGAUCGUUUACGGCCAGAAUAAGCGGCGCAAGGACACGACGGCCAUUUCGGACCCGAUGAUUCUCGAGCUGCGGAAAGCUGCUCAUCGGAAGCAGCUGAAGACGCUUCAGAUGCUUAUUCCGAGCAACCUUGCCAAGUGGACGACAUAAGGCUUGGUUCCAACAUGUCCAAGCAAGUAAGCGUUUCCAGAACAUUUGUCCAUAGAACCUCAUCGAAUCGCGCUGUGCCUUCACCAACUGAUAAGCUGCUUGCUUCUAUCAAAUCCGCCUCGCAGCUGAUACUCCGGCUUAUGCACUUUGCCUUGCAACACCGUGUACUUGACGAUGUUCUCACAGUCCUCCGGCCUGACUCUGGCAAUCCAAAUGCAUUGGGAUGCACCGAGGUUCACCUCCUGGGCUUCUUUGCUACCCGGGUGAGCCUUGACCUCGUCCACCUUGUGCUCUUCCUUUUCGGUCUCACACGCCUCGCCGUCUAGUUUUGGCGCUGAGGCUCGCCGGUAUAUCAUCACAUUCGCAGAGAACUUGUGACCCCCCACGUGCGAAAUGAAAUAUAUGCCGACACCGCCCGGUCGCUCGUCGUGGAGAUCGCGGUACAGACCCAGCGGCCGCAGAUGUCUUUCGAACUCCUUGCGCAGCAAUGGCGCUGAUUGUCCGCAGCGCGCAUCACGCGUCUUUUGAGAGCAGAGGAGGAUGAGAUAGUUGUGUGGGCAUGGCCGUACUUUCAACUUGAGUUCCGGAGGUAUCGAUGGUUCAGACGUCACUGCGCUGGUAACCUGAUUCGGUUCGCCCAAAGGGUCUGUGUUUUUGGGCGCCGAAUUUAUGACGUGUGUUAUGAGGCCCGGGACACUUGACGGGGUUACGUUCUCAAUUAUGGUGAAGGCAGGGAGAAGGAGGACGGUCGUCGAGUUUGGGACCUCUGGGUUCUCAGGCACCGGGAUAUUUGAGGCCGAGAGCAUUAGUUUCUGGAGCACAAAUAUCAGCGUGACGCGCCAACUUGUG